UUAGGGUAUGAACUUUAUCUUAUUGAUAAUUUUUGUAAAGCUUAUGGCCAUAUAAUGUUCCUCUCAAUGACCAUGUUGUAUAUGAGGCAAAUGAUGAUCCUUCAGUGCAUCUGUCCCCCUUUCUCUUUUUCUCUUUCCUUCUAUGCCCAUGCAAAUAGAUGUGGUCAUUUUUUUGGGUAUAUUUGGGAAGUGUGUGUUCAUCUGGGAAUUUUACCAAUUAAUAGACAAUGUGGUGAUGGUUUCAACUAUGUAAACAAAAAUUAUUGGCCUUGAGAAAAGACUCCCAAUCUGAUGGAAAGUUGGUCGAUUUGGGAAUUCUAUGGGUUCUCAUUUGGGGUGUCUUUGAUACGCAUCAACUAGCUAGAUUGUAGCUAAUUAAAUAGGAGAGAAUUAUUUUUUAUAGUGGAUCUGUUGUUUGCUCAUAUGUGUGCAUGGUAGGGUGGAUGGGAUGGUUGUAUGGUAAAUUUUACGUAGAAAACUUAUUAAUUGAGUGUGCAACAAGAGCAAGGUGAUAAUAAUCAUAGAACAGGGACAUAAUGAAGUGGCUACUUUGGAAAGCUUUUACAUCUCUGAUACUUUUUUUUGGUGCUCGGGAAAUGUUUAAUUUUUGCUUCUUAUCUCAGGCUUAUGUAGACUCAAGUGUUAUUAUGGGUCAGACUGGUCAGUUUCAGACUAGAGUUGAGAAAUAUGAAAAUAUUGAAUACAUGAAGUGUACUCCAGAGAAUGGUUUCUUUCCUGAUUUAUCCACUGUUUCUCCUACAAACAUCAUAUUUUUUUGUUCACCCAACAAUCCUACUGGUUUUGCUGCAUCAAGGGAACAACUGACAAAAUUGGUACAAUUUGCCAAGGACAAUGGGUCAAUCAUCGUCUAUGAUUCUGCUUAUGCUUUGUAUAUGUCAGAUGAUAAUCCACGAUCCAUCUUUGAAAUUCCUGGAGCCAAAGAGGUUGCAAUUGAAACUUCGUCAUAUUCUAAGUAUGCUGGGUUCACAGGAGUUCGUCUAGGUUGGACUGUGGUUCCAAAAGAACUCCUAUUUUCUGAUGGAUUUCCAGUUGCAAAGGACUUCAACCGCAUUGUUUGUACUUCUUUUAAUGGUGCAUCUAACAUUGCCCAAGCGGGUGGUCUGGCAUGCCUUUCACCAGAUGGUUUGAAGGCUAUGCAAGAGGUGGUUGGUUUCUACAGAGAAAAUACUAAUAUUAUCAUGGAGACAUUUAAUUCGCUUGGUUUUAAAGUUUAUGGGGGAAAAAAUGCACCAUAUGUCUGGGUGCACUUUCCUGGCCAAAGCUCAUGGGAUGUGUUUGGUGAGAUUCUUGAGAAGACCCAUGUGGUUACUACUCCUGGCAGCGGGUUUGGACCUGGUGGUGAAGGUUUCAUUCGAGUUAGCGCCUUUGGUCAUAGGAAUGAUGUGUUGGAAGCAUGCCAACGAUUCAAGCAGUUUUGCAAGUGAAAGAAUAUUGUCACUUGUCUGCAUCACAUUCUGUGUUUUCCUAGCCAAAGAGCUCAGUUAUUUUGCAUGUUUUGGUCUUGUAGGAUCUUAUCAGGCCCCAUAAAUCAUGGGUGGCACAUUAGCUUCGUUGAAGCUUCUACUUUUAAGAAAUUUAAAGCAUUCUAUCAGGUAAUGAUUAUUGAUUUUGAGUUUGGAGAGCUAGAAAUGGUAAUGCUUGUUUUUAGACAUUGUGGUGAAAUAUAAUUAGA